UUGCAUGGCUGCUGGACACGUGAGUGAAUUCGCUUGUGACGAAACCGCGCCACAAAGCUAAGGUGGGCGCUCUCUAACAAAAAAAAGAAACACUAAGCAUAAACAAACCCGAGAAAACACGCAACAACUACAGCAUUUAUUACAACAAUUAUACUAAAAUAACAUUAUACUUUAAAUAGGGUCACUACCAAUAAUACAAUAAGCUAAAUAGUUAACCUUAAUUUAUUUACACGAAUACAACAAACAAGCUAAAUACUUCAGCACACUUAAUCCAUUCACAAGAAAAUUCCUUAAAAAAAGUAAGCGUUUCAGUAGUUCAGUUCAGUUCACCCUGCGCGCGUCUGAAGUCCUUGUCCUUGAACUUGACCCCAACAACGUUCCACCAACACGUGACACACACAACGAACCAAACUCCCGUUUAUUACUCCCACUUUUCAAGUUACUUCUUCCGGUUACGUCUUCACGCAGUCAUGUAUACUGCAACUUUUCUUCUCCGGUUUACUCCAGCUGUUCGGUUUACAACGGACUACUUCGAUAGAACUUUACGCUUGUCCUUCGAUUACUUCGACCAGCUAUUUAGCACUCGCGUUCCCCGGAAAAUGGCUCCUUGUCAUGAAUUUAGGAAUGGUUUACUGAUGGCUUCUCGGUAAUAAAAAUGUGCUUCCGGACGUGUUCCUGCCACUCUCUAACCUCGCUCGUAACUACACUUCAACCUUCUUCUUCUACACACAGAAAAACCUCACAACACGUAUCACCCCAAAACCCUAAAUAUGCAAACGCAAGGUGUAAAAUGAGAGAAAAGGAAAGAAAACUAUUGAAUUUAGAUUGAUUACAAGGGCAUAGAACAGAACUGGUUACGCAAUAAAAGAAUAUAGGUUACGUAAUAGGUGCUACAGAAUAAUACAAUUUUAAACGCUAAUCCUAUGGGAAGUAAUUAAGCAGUUAGUUCAUGAAUAAGAUCACACCUUAAUAAUUUUAAUUCUAAAUACUAAGCUUUCCAUGACAACGCUCUAUAUGGUGUAUUGAUGUUAGCGGGGAAAAACCGCAGGGGAGCGCGAAAAUAUAAGGCGUUAUGAUAGCUUUUUGUUUUCCUUUCUUUUCAGUAAAAUUCGUUUCGGAACAUGGAUUGCAAAAUUGAAGAUAAGACGUAUUACCCGGGACUGGCAGAACAAGUUAAAGAGGAACUAUCCCAGAAUGACAAAAACAGAUUUGUUCCAAUGGAAGAAAGGCGAGACACCUCUGUGCUAUCAGUUGAUGUUCUUCGGAACUUGUGUCAUGGAAAAUACAUGACGUUCUGGCGUGGCGUGCCAAUCAUGAAAGAUCCCUUAUCUCUGACAGCAAGCCAGCAGUUACUAUGGAAACUCAAACCUCAAACAGUAUUUGAGUUUGGCGCCUACAAGGGAGGCUCAGCUCUGUGGAUGGCGGACAUGUUAAAACUGUUUGGUUGCAAGUCACGUGUGAUAUCCAUCGACAUCAACCUUUCCAUGCUGGAUGCUUUGCCUAAAGCGUCCCCGGAUGUGGAGUUCAUUGAGGGAGACUUGUUUUAUGUGGAAAAAUUUUUUCCAGCAGACUUUCUGAAGGUAAAUUAGUAACCGCAGAGUUGGUACCUACUUGAAAUCUUCUAACUAAGGUUAUUGUAGUUCCCUUAAAAUUAAUCACUUUCCUCAAGCUGAAAAACAAAUUCGCAAGGUUUAGGUAUCUUCAAAGCAAAUUCUUAUUUUGUAUCUUUAGCAUGAUUGACUGACUGAUUGACCUUUUAUGUAAAUUCAAGUCGCUCUGUUUGAAUGUCGAUGUCGAUGAUAACUUUAAUGCAAUUUUGAUUAUUCCCGUUCAAAACAACUCUUUUUACAAUCGAACCUCUCCACAACGGCCACUUUGGGGACAGAGAAAAGUGGCCGUUACGGGGAGGUAGGGGUUUAACUUGACACCUGUUUUUUCAGGAUGCGGCAUUUCGUUUCUAAAAAAUGCUUAUUUUAGCAUAUAAAUACUUACCACAAUCAAAAUAUA